GGGCCCAGUGCUAGCGUGAGUUUGGAUUAUAUGUGUACAGCGUGCUGCGUAGAGCCACCAGGACUGAAAGAUUCUAGUUUAAUGAUUGAAGAUCAAUCCUAUCAGAUGAGUCCUAAAGCAAAGAGAGCAAAACAGAGUUUGGUAUCUGAGGACAAAGAGAACGAAGCCAUAGACUACUCGGUGCCCAUAUUCACAGGACGAGAAGUGGGUAUCAGUGGGAUCACAGACACGGAAGAAGAAAGAAUUAAAGAAAGUGCUGCAUAUGUUGCCAAGAGGAACCUCUUUGCCACAGGUGAAGGAGUUAGUGUCAGCAAGGUGGCCAAGUCAACUUCUGAAGAGGAACAUCAUGAAAAAAAAUCAAGGAAAGUAGCGGUCCGGGAGUCUGCUGAACGCGUGGCCCUGAAGAAAACGCUAGAAGAGACUCAGGCAUUCCACAAGAAGUUGAAUAAAGAUAAACUCUUACAUCCUCCUGAGUUCGUUAUUGAGCCUCGUUCCCACACUGUCUGGGAAAAGCAAAACGUGAAGUUCCAUUGUUCCGUGGCUGGCUGGCCAGCGCCCCGUGUUACAUGGUACAAAAACAAUGUGCCCAUAAACGUACAGACUCACCCUGGCAAGUAUAUCAUUGAAAGUCGAUAUGGGCUGCACUCACUGGAGAUUAGCACAUGCGAUUUUGACGACAUUGCUCAGUAUCGGGCCUCUGCUAUGAACGUUAAAGGAGAAAUUUCAGCUUAUGCUUCCCUCGUGGUAAAGAGGUACAAAGGAGAAAUCGAUGCAAGUUCUUUGCAUGCUGGAACUGUUUCCAUGCCUCUGGGCUUUGGCAUUACCCCUCACGGCUAUGCUUCCAGGUUUGAAAUCAAAUUUGUCGACACGUUUGAUGUAGCCUUUGGGAGAGAAGGCGAGACAAUGAGUCUGGGCUGCACAGUUGUCAUCAAUCCUGAUAUCAAGCGCUUCAAACCAGACAUCGAAUGGUACAGAAAUGGUGUUCUUAUUACACCAUCCAAAUGGGUGCAGAUGCACUGGACUGGGGAACGAGCUUCAUUAACACUGACUCAUGCAAACAAGGAAGAUGAAGGUCUUUACACUCUACGAGUGGUGAUGGGAGACUACUAUGAAGAGUAUAGCAGUUACGUCUUUGUUCGAGACACCGAUGCUGAAAUCCCCGGAGCCCCUGGCGCACCGCUGGAUGUGCAGUGCUUGGAUGCCAACAAAGAUUAUGUCAUCGUCUCCUGGAAGCAGCCCGCUGUCGAUGGAGGAAACCCCAUCCUUGGAUAUUUCAUUGACAGAUGUGAGGUUGGAACCACCCACUGGACCCAGUGCAAUGAGACUCCUGUGAAGUUUGCUCGUUUUCCUGUCACUGGUCUGAUUGAAGGCCGGUCCUACAUUUUCCGAGUCCGAGCUGUGAACAAAGCUGGCAUCAGCCUACCGUCCCGGGUGUCAGAGCCCGUGGCUGCUCUGGAUCCUGCUGACAGAGCCAGGCUUAGAAGUCACCCUUCUGCUCCCUGGACUGGACAGAUUAUUGUCACUGAGGAAGAACCUGCAGAGGGUGUUGUUCCUGGUCCACCUACAGACCUCCAAGUCAUUGAAGCCACCAAGAACUAUGUAGUGCUUAGCUGGAAACCUCCUGGUCAGCGGGGCCAUGAGGGUAUCAUGUACUUUGUGGAAAAGUGCGUUGCCGGCACAGAGGACUGGCAAAGGGUGAACACAGAGAUCCCUGUGAAGUCUCCUCGCUUUGCAGUUUUUGAUUUGGCUGAAGGCAAAUCCUACUGCUUCCGAGUUCGCUGUUGCAAUUCAGCUGGAAUCGGUGAACCUUCAGAAGCAACCGAAGCCACUGUAGUGGACGACAAACUUGAUAUUCCCAAAGCUCCUGGCCGUAUUAUGCCAACUAGGAAUACAGAUACCUCAGUUGUUGUCACUUGGACAGAGCCCCCAGAUGCCAAGGAGCUAGUUGGGUACUACAUUGAGUCAAGUGUAGUUGGGUCUGGUCGUUGGGAACCAUGCAACAACAAUCCAGUGAAAGGCACAAGAUUCAUUUGCCAUGGGCUCACCAAUGGCGAGAAAUAUAUUUUCAGAGUCAGAGCUGUUAAUGCAGCAGGACUCAGUGAAUUUUCACAGGAUUCGGAGCCUAUAGAAGUGCAAGCAGCCAUUGGGGGAGGAUUGCUUCAUGCUGCUCCAUCUCCACCUUAUGACAUCAUGGUACUUGAGAGUGUUCGUGACUCGAUGGUGUUGGGAUGGAAACAACCUAAAGUUGCUGGUGGAACUGAAAUUACGGGCUACUACGUGAACUACCGUGAAGUGGUUGAUGGAGUUCCUGGGAAAUGGAUGGAGGCCAACAUUAAGGCCAUUAGCGAGAGGGCAUACAGGAUUCAAAACUUGAAGGAAAACAUGGUGUACCAGUUCCAGGUGGCGGCUGCUAACCUGGCUGGGGUUGGGACACCUUCCCUACCCAGCCAGCCCUUCAAAUGUGAAGAAUGGACCAUUGCUGUACCUGGGCCACCCCAUGAUGUUGCAUGCACAGAAGUUAGGAAGGACUCUGUGGUUUUACUGUGGAAGGAACCAGUUUAUACUGGUCGUAGUCCCAUAUCUGGUUAUUAUGUUGAUAUGAAGGAGACUGAAGCAAAGGAGGAACGCUGGAGAAGUGUCAAUGAGAAGCCACUUCAAAAGAAAUUCUUGAAGAUAGGUGGCCUAAACCAAGGUGUGAGCUAUGUGUUUCGUGUGCGGGCAACAAACCAGGCUGGUGUUGGGAAACCAUCAGAUGUCACAGAACCUGUCAUAGCUGAAACACGACCAGGAACCAAGGAAGUGGUGGUUGAUGUGGAUGACAAUGGAGUAAUUUCUUUGAACUUUCAAUGUGAUGAGAUGUCUCCAAACUCUAAGUUUGUUUGGUCCAAGAAUUAUGAACCAAUUGAGGAUGACUCUCGACUGAACAUCGACACCAAAGGCGGAAAGUCGAAAGCUACCUUUAAGGAUCUUGGAGAAGAUGAUUUGGGAAUUUACUCUUGUGUUGUUACAGACACUGAUGGAGUUUCAUCAAGCCACACAAUUGACGAGGAAGAAAUGAAACGCCUGCUUGCUUUGAGCCAUGAACGCAAAUUCCCAACUGUCCCACUUGCCUCAGAGUUGGCGGUGGAAAUUUUGGAAAAAGGAGAAGUGAGAUUCUGGUUGCAAGCUGAAAAACUGUCUGGCAAUGCAAAAGCCAACUUUGUAUUUAACGAUAAGGAGAUUUUCAAUGGAGAGAAAUAUAAAAUGAAGGUGGACCAGAAGACUGGCCUUGUUGAAAUGGUUAUGGAUAAACUUGAGGACAAGGAUGAAGGGACUUACACUUUCCAACUGCAGGAUGGAAAAGCAACCAAUCAGUCCAGCCUUGUCCUCAUUGGUGAUGUAUUCAAGAAGCUGAAGGAUGAAGCAGAUUUCCAGAAAAAAGAGUGGCACAGGAAACAAGGUCCUCAUUUUGUGGAUAAACUGGGAUGGGAAGUUACUGAUGACUGUAACGUGAUGUUGAAAUGCAAGGUGGCUAAUAUUAAGAAGGAAACACACAUUGUGUGGUACAAAGAUGACAGAGAGAUAAUGGUAGAUGAAGAACACGACUUUAAAGAUGGCGUGUGUACUCUGCUGAUAUCAGAGUUUUCUAAGAAAGAUGCUGGCACUUAUGAAGUCAUACUGAAGGACGACAGAGGAAAGGACUCCAGUGAGCUAAAGCUGAAGGACACAGCUUUUGCGGAUCUGAUGAAUGAAGUAUGCAGAAGGAUUGCUUUAUCUGCAACAGACCUGAAAAUCCAGAGCACAGCUGAGGGUAUCAGACUGUACUCCUAUGUUACUUACUAUGUGGAAGAUCUGAGAGUAGGCUGGCUGCACAACGAUACCCAGAUUAGGUUUACAGACCGAGUGAAGACUGGUGUUACUGGGGAGCAGAUCUGGUUGCAGAUCAAUGAACCGACUCCACAGGACAAAGGCAAAUACACAAUGGAACUCUUUGACGGUAAAACAGGACACAAAAAGAUGGUGGAUCUUUCUGGACAAGCAUUUGAUGAAGCCUUUGCUGAGUUCCAGAGAUUAAAGCAAGCUGCAAUUGCAGAGAAAAAUCGUGCACGGGUACUUGGAGGUUUGCCCGAUGUUGUCACCAUCCAAGAGGGCAAGGCACUUAAUCUUUCUUGCACUGUCUGGGGAGAUCCUACCCCAGAGGUCUCAUGGCUGAAGAAUGAAAAAGCAUUUGUAUCAGAUGCUAAUUGCAUCCUGAAAUUUGAAUCUGGAAAAAACGUCAGCUUUACCAUUUCUACUGUGUCCACACUCGACUCUGGGAAAUACAGCAUUGUGGUGAAGAACAAGUACGGCACAGAGACGAGCGACGUCACUGUAAGUGUGUUCAUACCUGAGGAAGAGAGACAGUCUGAGCAACAGAAAAAGAAAGAAGAUAAGAAAACAAAAGCGUGA